AUGCAAGAAGUGGCGGUCGAUAACAGCAGGAAAUAUGGCAAAGUCUAUGGGGGAUUCUUCGCCACUCGACCCUUCCUUAUGAUAGGAGACCCACAACUCGUCAAAGAGAUUCUGAUAAAAAACUUUCAUAUAUUCGCCGAUAGAGACGACUUAAUAACUGGCGAUUCACUUAACGAUAGGACACUGUUUGCCCUCAAAGGAGACGAAUGGAAAAAUAUGCGAUCAAUUAUAAGUCCAACGUUUUCGUCGGGAAAGAUGCGUUCAAUGCAUCCCAUUAUCAGUAAUUGUGUGAAGAAUUUGGAGAAACAGUUUGAGACGAGUGUAAAGAAUGGGAAACAAGAGAUUGAAUUGAAGAAAAUGAUGUCAAAUCUAACAAUGGAUGUGAUAUCUCAGUGCGCUUUUGGCACUAAACUAGAUAUUUAUGGCGAAAAGACCAGUGAUUUUAUAACAUAUGCCCAGAAAAUAGUUAACCCGUCGCUUCGUAUUUGGGUAGUGUUUCUGAUUGCGGUGUCGUUUCCAAAGUUUAUCAAAUGGUCGGGUCUAUCGGUUCUCGAUCCCGGAUCCGGCAAAUUCUUCCGCUCAGCCAUCCGAUCGAUUAUAUCGCGUCGAAAAGCGGAUAAAACUAAACAAAGAGAUUAUUUACAACUAAUACUAAACGCACAAAACAAGACUCUGGACACGACUGACGAACCGGAAGUCGAGGGCGACAGAAGUGACCAGAUUUAUGGCAAAACGGAUCAGUUGAAGGACCAGAAGAUCAAUAAAUCAAAGAUAGAGAUCUCUGAAGACGACAUUCUGGCCACGAGUUUUCUAUUUUUUGUGGCCGGAUAUGAGACGACCGGUUCUCUCUUGACUUUCCUCUUCUAUAGUCUGUCUUUGGAUGAAAAAUGUCAACAAAAACUGUAUAAAGAAGUCCACAGUUUUGAUGGCAAUUAUAACUACGAAACUAUUGUUAAAAUGCCGUAUUUGGAGGCAUGUAUUGCCGAAACAUUGAGAAUUUACAAUCCGUUGGUCUUCAAUGAAAGAAUCGCUGCCGAAGACUACAAAUUGGGCGACACAGGAAUUACUAUUCUUAAGGGAACCACUGUUGACAUUGAUGUCCAGUCUAUACACCAUAACCCCGAGUAUUACCCAAACCCGGAUCGUUGGGACCCUGAGCGUUUUAUGCCCGAAAAUCGUGAUAACUUAGUGCCGUAUACUUAUAUGCCGUUCGGAAUGGGACCCCGAAAUUGUGUGGGAAUGAGCUUUUUAACCAAAAACUAUAAGUUCUGGACCUCUCGCGGAAUCAAUGGCCCGAAACCUAUUGUCCUUUUUGGCACAUUUUAUCAAAACUUUUUCAAACCGAUGACAGAAGUGGCGGUCGAUAACAGCACAAAAUAUGGCAAAGUCUAUGGCGGAUUCUUCGGCACUCGACCUUUCCUUAUGAUAAGCGAUCCAAAACUGGUCAAAGAGAUUAUGAUAAAAGACUUUCACUUAUUCGCCGAUAGAGACGAUAUGAUUACUGGCGAUUCACUUAACGAUAGAUCACUGUUUAAUCUGAAAGGAGACGAAUGGAAAAAUAUGCGAUCAAUUAUAAGCCCAACGUUUUCGUCGGGAAAAAUGCGUUCAAUGCAUCCCAUUAUCAGUAAUUGUGUGAAGAAUUUAGAGAAACAGUUUGAGACGAGUGUAAGGAAUGGGAAACAAGAGAUUGAAUUGAAGAAAAUGAUGUCAAACCUAACAAUGGAUGUGAUAUCUCAGUGCGCUUUUGGCACUGAACUGGAUAUUUAUGGCGAAAAGACCAGUGAUUUUAUAACCUAUGCUCAAAAGAUAGUGCAGCCGUCGUUUCGGUUGUGGUUUGUGUUUCUAAUGGUCGUAUCGUUUCCUAAGUUUAUCCAAUGGACGGGAAUGUCUCUUCAAGAUCCCGGAGCCUCCACUUUCUUUCGCGCAGCCAUCCGAUCGAUUAUAUCGCGUCGAAAAUCAGAUAAAACUAAACAAAGAGAUUAUUUACAACUAAUACUAAACGCACAGAACAAGACUUUGGACACGACUGACGAACCGGACGUCGAGGGCGACAAAACCGAUCAGAUUUAUGGCGAAACGGAUCAGUUAAAGGACCAGAAGAUUAAUAAAUCAAAGAUGGAGGUGUCGGAGGACGACAUUCUGGCCACGAGUUUCAUAUUUUUUGUGGCCGGAUAUGAGACAACCGGUUCUCUCUUGACUUUUCUCUUCUAUAGUCUGUCAUUGGAUGAGAAAUGCCAACAAAAACUGUAUGAAGAAGUCCGCGGUUUUGAUGGCAAUUAUAACUACGAAAACAUCGUUAAAAUGCCGUAUUUGGAGGCAUGCGACACAGGAAUUACUAUUCCUAAGGGAACCACUGUUGACAUUGAUAUCCAGUCUAUACACCAUAACCCGGAGUAUUACCCGAACCCGGAUCGUUGGGACCCUGAGCGUUUUAUGCCCGAAAAUCGUGAUCAAUUAGUGCCGUAUACUUAUAUGCCGUUCGGAAUGGGACCCCGAAAUUGUGUGGGAAUGAGAUAUUUGACUCGAAAUUUCAAUUAUUGGAAAUCUCGUGGAAUCGAUGGCCCGAAACCGAUCGCACUCUUCGGCACAUUUUAUCAGAUAUUUUUAAAACCCAAUCCAAUAGUGGUGUUGGAAAACGCCAGGAAAUACGGCAACAUUCACGGAGCAUUCUUAGGCAAUCGCCCGAUGCUAUGCAUAGCAGAUCCGGAUCUGAUCAGAGAUAUCGCCAUCAAAGACUUUCACGUGUUUGUCGAUCACAACGACUUCCAAUCUGGGGAUCCGUUCAGCGAUCGGUCGCUCUUUAACCUAAUGGGAGACGAGUGGAGAAAAAUGAGAUCAAUUAUUAGUCCCACAUUUUCAUCGGGAAAAAUGCGAUCAAUGCAUCCCAUUGUCACCGAUUGUGUCCAUCGAUUGGAGAAUUAUUUGAUGGAAAAAGUGAUUAAUAAUGUCAGACAUAAUAAAGAGAUUGAGUUGAAGAAAGCGAUGUCGGAUCUGACGAUGGAUGUGAUCACUUCGUGCGCUUUCGGCACUCAAUUAGACAUUUAUAACGACGAGAAGCGAAACGAGUUUGUGGUGAACGCCGAGAAAGUAUUCAAACCGAACCCACGAAUGGUCACAUUCUUCCUAUUGGUGGCCACUUUUCCUAAACUCGUUAAAUGGCUUCAGUUCUCAAUGAUUCCGCCAAAAGUUUACAACUUCUUCCACUCAGCCAUUCAAACAUUAAUAUCGAGACGUAAAGCGGAAAAAGUCAAACACAAAGACUAUUUACAGCUAAUGAUUAACGCGUUGAACGCGUCGCCGGACAACAGCACCGGCGGUGAGGAGCAGGACAUGGAUGUCGGUGGAGGCGAACACGAGAUGAUAUUCGGCGCCACUAAUGAAAAACACGACACAAAUAAAGCGCAAAAGUCUGUCAUCACUGAAGACGACAUACUCUCGACGUCUUUCCUGUUUUUCAUCGCCGGUUACGACACGACGGCAUCGCUUCUCUCAUAUCUCUUGUAUUCGUUGGCUUUGAAUGAAAAAUGUCAGCAAAAACUAUACGAAGAGCAAAAACUAUACGAAGAGGUAAAGGGUUUUCACGGAGACUACGAUUACGAGAGUAUAUCUAAAAUGCCGUAUUUGGAGGCCUGUGUCGCCGAAACCCUCCGACUCUAUAAUCCUGUGCCACAAAUCGGACGAAUGGCUUCACAAGAAUAUACUAUUGGCGACACUGGAUUAAAGAUACCCAAAGGCAUGAUUGUUAACCUAGACGUCCAGACCCUGCAUCACAACCCCGAUUACUACCCCGAUCCGGAUCGUUGGGACCCUGAGCGUUUUAUGCCCGAAAAUCGCGAUCAAUUAGUGCCGUAUACUUAUAUGCCGUUCGGAAUGGGACCCCGAAAUUGUGUGGGAAUGAGCACAUUUGUGGGAUCACAACCACAACUAACAGUAGCCGAUCCAGAAUUGGUUAAGAAUAUUAUGAUCAAAGAUUUUCACCUAUUUGUGAAUCGUAACGAUUUGGCGGCUAUUGACGAAGUAUUAGAUCAAAUGUUGACUGCCGUUAAAGAUGAUGAAUGGAAACGAUUGCGAUCUAUUGUUUCUCCGACAUUCACUACUGGAAAGAUCCGUAAAAUGUAUGCAAUGGUUGAGCACUGCGUUAAAGGUGUGGACAAAAUGCUGGAAAAGGCGGCGAACGGCGAACAAGAGGUUGACGUGCGGUCACUAAUGGGUAACUACACUAUGGAUGUGAUCGCCAGCUGUGCCUUCGCUACGAAGACUGACACACAUAACGAUCCGAACAAUCCAUUUGUAGUAAACGCUAAGAAACUGUUUAGUCAAAGCAUUUGGAGGUCAUUCAUGCUUAUAGCUAUGAAACCAGUGAUGAAAUUCUUUAAAAUAUCUAUAUUAGAGCCGACGACCACUGAAUUCUUUAUGAAAGCUAUCACAGAAAUCGUGAAUCAAAGGAAGAAAGACAAGAGUGGACGCCAUCACGACUUUCUCCAACUUAUGAUUAACGCACAGAAAAAUGUCGACGAUUUGGAGGACACCGACGACCAACUGAUGGACGCGGAGGCGCACCACGGGAUGGAUGACAACAGCAAACUCUUGACUAACAAAUCCAAACUGGAAGUGACAGAUUUUGAUAUAUUGGCCAAUAGUUUUCUCUUCUUUUUGGCCGGUUUUGAGACAACAGGCCAUCUGUUGUCACACAUGAGUUAUUUGUUGGCCAUUAAUCCCGAGUGUCAGAAGAAACUGAUGGAAGAGGUGGUGGCAAACACUAAUGCCAAUGGAAACCUGGAUUACGAGACGAUAAUCCGAUUGCCGUAUUUGGACGCAUGUAUUAGUGAAACCUUAAGAUUCUAUAGUCCGGCGCCGCAGACGAGUCGUGUGGGCAGUGAAGACUACAAAUUAGGCGAUACCGGAAUAACCGUUAAAAAAGGUAUUCAAAUACAGAUUCCUAUUCACGCCAUUCAUCACAACCCGGAAUACUAUCCCAAACCCCAUGACUUCAUUCCCGAUCGGUUUUUACCCGAAAAUCGUGAUAAACUCACGCCC